UUUUUGUUUUGAAAUAUUGAACUCUGAAGUGAUCGCUCCAGCACUGUGUGUUCACUGUUCAGCGCGCAGCUCAGCGCAGCGCUCCCGGAUCCCCGAUCGAUCCCGCUGCGGCGGUGUUGCUGGUGAGUACAGACUCCGUACAACCAGCGCUGUACGACAAUACACACUACGGACUACGCAGCAGGCUCGGCAAAUUUGCUGGUUGCUGCAGAGUGUGGCACUGGCCGUGGAGCUGGGCAGGUUGGUGUGACCACAGAAAAACACCGUUGGGCGUUUUUCGACGGAAAGUGAAAGGAGCAGAAGUUCUUGAGGAGCUGAGGAACACGGAGUCCGGGCGUGAAUCCUAUCCUUUAGACGAACACCUCUAUGCUCUUUCACCGGACUCAUCUUCUUCUCGUGUAAAAAAAUUGGAGCUGACCCGGAUUUCUGUGACCGAGAUGAAAUGCCAUGGCUAAGCAGCUCAAGCGAUUGGUGUCGAAGAAGAAAAGGCGCUUUACCGAAAAUGGAUACGAUUUGGACCUCACCUAUAUUCGACCCAACAUCCUGGCUAUGGGCUUCCCAUCCGAAAGCAUAGAAGGAAUCUACCGGAAUAACUUGGAUGAAGUAGUGCGUUUUCUGGACUCUUAUCAUGGAGACAAUUACAAGGUUUACAAUCUAUGUGCGGAAAGAACGUACGAUGCUUCAAAGUUCCAUGGAAGAGUGGCUUGCUAUCCGUUCGAGGAUCACAACGCUCCUCCGUUCCCAUUAUUUGACGCUUUCUGCAGUGAUGUGUCUAGUUAUCUGAACGCCGACAGCAGGAAUGUGGCGGCGGUACAUUGCAAAGCAGGCAAAGGCCGCACGGGCGUGAUGAUUUGUGCGUUUUUUAUUCAUGAAAACAUCUUCAAGGCUGUUCCAGAGGCACUCAUGUUCUACGACCUGAAGCGGACGCAGAAUGGAAAAGGUGUCACCAUUCCCAGCCAAAGACGCUACGUUGAGUAUUAUGGAUAUCGGAAAAUCAAGCAGCUGACUAUUCGUCCCGUCAAGCUUCUCCUGUACGGUUUCAUCUUUGACGGUGUGCCAGCGUACUCAAAUAUGGGCAACUACUCCAUUUUCUACAAAAUUAGUCAAGGUAAAAAGAGGACACUGGUCUCAAGGUUCUACGAGGUGGAUAUCCGGCGCAAGGACGGCCAAACGUUCAUGGAACUGGAUUCGCCGGUCGCCGUAACUGAAGAUAUCAAGACCGAGUUCUUUUUCGCACGUCUGGGCAAGAAGCAGAAGGCGUUCCACUGCUGGCUCAACACGUACUUCAUUCACGCGGCCAUGCAGCACGGCGACGAUGGGCUGUACUCGAUGCGCACGUCGCAGCUGGCGUCCGACCUGCAGCUGGUGCCGUACGCCAUACCGGCGGAGCAGCACAAUCCGAUUGACCUGUCUCGGCGCGGCACGCUGGACCAUGCACCUACGUACAUGAACAACGACGGCUCGCAGCAGAUGACUGUGAUCUCGUUGCCCAAGAAGGACCUGGAUCGCGCCUGCAAGGACCACAAGCACGUGGCCAACAAGUUCCGGCUUCACGCUCUCUUCUCGCCGGAGGUGGAGAGUGACUCGAUGAACCCGUCCACUAUUCAGGAGAUUGGCGUAACGCUGUCGCCUGAUAUUUCCACAUGCCCGUCGGUGAUCAGCGGAGACUCCAAGCUGUCGUCGUCCAGCUCCGAGGAUGAAGAGGAGAGCAGUGGCACCAACACGGAAUCCAAUGACACCAGCGACGACGCAUGACCACCCUGAUAAACCUGGGCUGAUGAUGAUAAUCACCAACUGCCCUGACCAGUGACUUUGCCUUACUCGCUUCACGUAAACUUACCUGAAUGCUCAUAACUCAUAAUACUAGUAGACGUUCCUAAAAUUUGCAGCCAUACUUCGUAGCUUGCCUCUGUAAUGCUCUCUCAUGUGAUGAAGUCACCGCCUGGUCACUGUUUACCAAGCUUCAAUCACUGACGCCACACCUCUCUCAUACCGAAACUGUUCACAAAUUUGAAGAUCCCCGGGCAGCGGGCAGAGCUGCACUGCACCACUGGCGUAAGUUUCUGUCUUUCUUUCAUUUUUUUAUCUAAGCGUGCGUGCGUGUGUGCCGCUGGGCAACACGUUGCCAGCACAUGCGCACCUUGUAGUGUCUGGCAGUGGACUGUACAGCAUGGCGACGAUGGCCGACUGUGGGCUGGAUGCGUGAUGCAUUCCGCCGGCAAUACCGUUUUAGUGUCAUGUUUGAUUGUGCUUGUUAGAGCCCGCCGGCUGAAGAACGCCAUUGCUGUACUGAAGUCCGAACUGUCAUUUUAAACCGAUUUUUCACUGUGACAUCUGUGGAGGUGUGUAUUCUCCUAGUCUGGUUUUCAACCUGUUUAUUUAGUUCCUUGAAAUUGUCGCCUGAGACGUUUUUCCCCCAUUUCCGCCAAACAGAUCUGUCUUUGUCUACUUUUCUGAGGUAAUUCAAUGUUGCAUGUCUGUUUUGAUGAUGCCAAGUCUGUACUCUUUGCUGUGCUUGUGAUGCUGCUUCCCAGCUGGCCGCCGUCUUCGGUUUCAUAACAUCUGUGGAAGGGAAAUAAUUAGACUACACGUAUGAAGCCGUAUGGCUGCACUGUA